AUGUGCACCACAAACAAGCAAUCUGCCGUUUGGAAACGCCCCGAAGGAUCUGAAGAAGCUCGUCUUCAUCUUUACAAUAGCUUCACCAAGAAAAAAGAACUCUUUGUACCAAUCAAUGGCAAUGAAGUGCGUUGGUAUAUCUGUGGACCAACAGUGUACGAUGUAUCUCAUAUGGGUCAUGCUCGGUCAUACAUUUCAUUCGAUAUAAUCCGACGUGUUAUGUCCGAUUAUUUUGGUUAUGAUGUUUUCUUCUGUAUGAAUGUGACUGAUAUUGAUGAUAAAAUUAUUAAACGUGCGCGAGAAAAGUAUCUGUUUAAAAAAUAUAUGGAAGAUGGUUCGUUGUCAUUGGAAAAGAUUCAUGAAGAUUGUCAAUCAGCAUUUAAACACGUUAAAGAUGUCCGGUCUCGCGAAAAUGACAAAGACAAACAAGGGAUGUACGAUAAACAAAUCGAAUCUGUCGAAAAAGCAUUUCAAAAUCUUCACCUCGUAUCUGAUGACGAAGCGAAACGAAAAAAACUAUUUGAAGAUUGCCGCGAUAUUCUCCCAUCCUAUUUGGAUUCGAUCUACUCUCAUGUAACGAAUCCACUCGACAAUGAAGUCUUUCUCGAUUUAGCUCGCCACUACGAAACAGAGUUUCAUGUGGACAUGGCACGCUUGAACAUAUUACCCGCACAUGUACUGACACGUGUGAGUGAAUAUGUACCUGAAAUCAUCCAGUUUAUCGAAAAGAUCAUUGCAAAUGGUUACGCUUAUGAAUCGAAUUCAUCGGUGUACUUUGAUACAAUCAAAUUUCAUAAACAACAUGCGUAUGCCAAAUUAGAACCUGAUCGAAUGGGGGACCUUGCUGCAUUAAGUGAAGGCGAAGGCGCAUUAACAGUAACUGAAAACACGCAGAAAGAAAAACGAAACGAUUGCGAUUUUGUUCUUUGGAAAAAAAGUAAACAAGGCGAACCGGUGUGGCAAUCUCCUUGGGGUCUCGGUCGACCCGGAUGGCACAUUGAAUGCAGUGUCAUGGCUAGUGCUAUCCUAGGGCCAGAAUUUGAUAUCCACACUGGUGGCAUCGAUCUGAAAUUCCCCCAUCAUGACAAUGAAAUCGCUCAAUCAGAAGCUUAUUUCGAUAGCGACAACUGGGUGAAUUACUUUCUCCAUAGUGGUCAUUUAACAAUUCAAGGAUGCAAAAUGUCGAAAUCAUUGAAAAAUUUCAUUACCAUUCAACAAGCUCUGGAAAGUUACACGUCACGACAGAUCCGCCUUUUGUUUCUAUUGCAUUCAUGGGCGUCGACAUUGGAUUAUAGUAAUCAUGGCAUGGAAAAGGCUUUGACAUAUGAGAAAAUGUUGAGUGAAUUCUUCCUUAACAUAAAAACUCAUUUACGUUCAAUUAAACAAAUGAAUCAUUCGAAUGCAUAUACGAAAUUUGAAAAACAUGAUGCCGAAUUGAAUGAACGCUUUUCAACGUUUAAAAAACAAAUUCAUCUGGCUUUAUGCGAUUCGAUUGACACGCCAACUGCUAUGGAAAACGUUCGUCUACUGGUUUCCGCAACUAAUAUCUACAUGAAUUCAACGACUACAACGCCCAAUCGUCUUCUGCUGAGAAACAUCGCUAUGUACAUUACACGAUUGAUAAACAUCUUCGGCUUGAAUGGGUCCGGGUCAGGAGCUGAAGAGAUCGGCUUCGCACGAUCAGGUGAUCAACAAGCAUCAGCUGUAAACGUCGAAGAUAUCGCCAUGCCGUAUGUGGAACAAUUCGCCCUGUUUCGAGACGCUGUACGUACGCAAGCAAUUGCUGUCAAAAAUACAGAAAUUCUAACGUUAUGUGAUCAUGUCAGAAAUGAAGUACUACCUGAACUAGGUGUUCGACUUGAAGAUCGCACCGGUAGCAAUCAGGCAACGAUUAAGUUUUGUGAUCCACAAGUGCUACGAGAGGAACGUGAAAAGGCGCUUUUAGCUGAAAAAAAUAAACAGGAAGAAAAGGAACGAAGAAAAAUACAACAGCAAUUAGAUAAAGAAGCGAAAGAAGCAAAGAAGAAAGCAGCGAAAGAGAAGAAGAAUCCUGACGCAAAAAACGCCUCACAAACAACGACUAAUGGAGAUGGUACUGCUGCUGCAGCUGCUGCUGAAGCCACAGCCAACGUAAAAAAAAAUGUGAUCCCAAAUUUACCUGUACAUGUUUUUCUACCCGCUAAUUAUAAUCUAUACAACGCAUUCGUCCUUCAAUAA